AUGGCCUAUCACCUUACCAACGAUGAUUUGGAGUACUUGGAGUGGGAUACAGCACCAGUUCGAGCUGCACGCAAUCCUAAUCCUGCCGUACUUGAGGCUCUCAUGGCAUUCUACCAGGACAGGCUCAGUCAUUGGGAUGAGCUCUCCGAAGAGGAUCAGUACGAAUUGCAGUUCCUUGCGCCUAACAUGGAUGUGUCAGGGGCGAUAUGGGGAAAUUACGAAUCUCCGCUGACGGCAGCAAUUCGGGCUAAAUCGCUACGGAACGUGGACCUGCUCCUGAAAUCGGGCGCGGACGUUAAUGGCAUUGCCCAUAUCGAUCUAUCAGACUAUUCUGUUCGAUUCUUACGUGGUCGUGACUCUGUUAUCGAUGUCACCAGUUUUUCUCUCUGUCCCCCGAGAGCACAACUCCUAGCGACCGCAAAAGCUAAAGGUAUCGAGUCCCAAACUGUUCCGUUGACCUCUGCCGAGCUGGAUGAACGACGUAUUGGAUUCCCCCGCUUUUGGACAGAGCCUAAUGUUCCGGCCCAAAGAUUGCGCAUGUCUAUUGCUUUAACGUCAUUAGAGGUAGCAGCGCAAUGCGGGUGCGAGGAAAUAUUCGACAUGUUGCAUCAAGCAGGGGCUGAAGAUUCCGCAUGGCAAGCAUCUACAGCCGCCCAGGAUAACAAUAUGCUGGAAGUCCCGAGCGAAGCAUCCCUCUCGGCAUUGUCGGUUUCAUCACCAAUACAUCAAGCUAUCGCUUCUGGUCAUCGGGAUAUGCUCCAGAAGCUCAUCCACAACUACAACUACUCCCCGAACUACCGACCCCUGGUGGCUCCUACAGUCGCACUCCCCCCUCUUUCCUUCGCAAUUGCCCGAUGUGAUUUGGAAAUACCAGGUGUGCGAGGUUGCAUCAGUGAUCUACUUGCUCAUCCUCGUGUUUUGCCUCAUUUGCGAACCCCGGUGUUUGGCGUGCAUCCGCUGCACUUCGCCACCGCCAGACACGACCCGGAUUUACUAGCUUGGGUUGCGGGCUCUAUCCAGGGGGGGCAUCUCGCAGCCGGUCAGACAGCCCUAGGCCAUACACUGCUCCUGGUGGCGUCGCUUCCGUUAACUGGCAACUACGCUACCCAAGAUAAACCAGCCGUUAAGCGCAGUAUCCGCUGCGCGCGGACCCUCGAUUCGAAAUGGCUUCAGCACAGUAGGCCCAGCCCAGAACAUGUGCAGACCCGUGCAUCAAGGCCACCCUAUCACAUUCUGCACAAACCCUUCAAGCCCGUCCCUAUGACUGAGGCUGAAAACGGUGCUCAACUAGCUACUAUCCAGCUGCUUCUGGAAUGGGGUGGAUUCGAUGUUCGGGACCAAGAUGUGGAUGGAAAUACCGCAUUGCAUUAUUUAGCAGCGACGGUCAAUGUCAGUCCUGAGACUAUAGACUUAGUGCGAGCCAUGGAUGGCGGGGAGGAAGUCUGGGAAAGUUCUGUGAAUUGGUGUGGCUUCUCUCCGAAGCAGCUCAUGGACGACACAACGGCGACCGUCACGCAAACCACAACCGUGGCAUGUGUGGAGUAGAUGAAGAAAAGACAGGCACCCGGAGUUACAGCCUUCGCAACAACUUUUACGCCGACCGCUAUGCCACCAUACGCUACUGGCCCAUGCAACGAAGCGCCUACGGCCUAUGGCUCCGCAUGCUCCUGCCUCGGCAUUUCGCCUACUCCCACGACUGCCUCAUCCCCUACAGUCUUUAGCUCUGUCACUGCCACCACAACAGCCACCGUGACUGUGACCACAGCC